AUGACUUCGGUAUUGAAGAGAAUUGGAACUCACGAUGGAGUGUUUCAUUGUGAUGAAGUUUUAGCUUGUUUUAUGUUAAAAAAGCUUCCUGAAUAUCAAAAUUCAGAAAUUAUUCGAAGUAGAAAUCCUGAAGUUUUAAACACGUGUGAUAUUGUAGUUGACGUUGGAGGGAUUUAUGAUCCAAGCAAACACAGAUAUGAUCAUCAUCAAAAAGAUUUUAAUCAUACAAUGAACUCAUUAAAUCCCGACAGACCGUGGAAAAUAAAACUUAGUAGUGCUGGAUUAGUUUACCAUCAUUUCGGAGAAAGAAUAUUAGAAUCUAUUUUGGGUCCACCCAAAGAUUCAGGCACAGUUAGUAACUUGUUUUCUUUUAUGUAUGAAAACUUCAUUCAAGAAGUUGAUGGCAUUGACAACGGUGUACUAAUGUUUGAUGGCGAACCUAGAUAUUCUAUACACACAAAUUUAAGUUCCAGAGUUAAAUAUCUUAAUCCUUCUUGGAACAGUGAAGAAAAUGAAGAUAGUCAAAAAUUGUUUCAUGCAGCCAUGGAUUUAGUCGGUAAAGAAUUUAUUGAUAGAAUUCAAUUUUUUACAAAAUCCUUUUGGCCUGCUAGAGAUUUAGUAAAAGAAGCAAUAUUAAAUAGGAAUUCAACUCAUCAAAGUGGAAGUAUUAUUGAAUUAAAACAAUGUUGCCCUUGGAAAAAACAUUUAUUUCAGUUAGAAAAAGAAUUAGGUAUAACUGGACAAAUAAAAUAUGUUAUUUUUCAAUCUGAUUCUUGGAGAAUUGAAGCAGUUCCAAUAAAUCCUGACAGUUUUGUAUUAAGGUUACCCUUACAUGAAACAUGGAGAGGUUUAAGGGAUGAGAAGCUGAGUAAAAUCAGUGGAAUUGAUGAGUGCAUCUUUGUUCAUUCAAACGGUUUUAUCGGAGGCAACAAAACAAGAGAAGGUGCCUUGAAAAUGGCUUUGAAAACAUUAGAAUCCAAAGAAGAGAAUAACCAAGGAAGGCCUUUGAAAGAAUCUUUGGAUAAUCAACACAAUUCGGAAGCACAAAGAUAUUAUGCCACCAUUCAUAAAGUUGGAUUUAUUAUGUCAUGCGAAACUCAAGCGCAGAAAGCAGCAGAAGACAUGAUUGUUUUUAAUUUUCCAGAAACUUCCGAAGAUAUUUCACCCUACGCAACGUUUCAAUUGUCUGAAACGGGUGCACCGACCACAGCCAUGCUUCAUAGUUUCAUGUAUCACGAACAAGCUUUAACCGAAGGGUGUAAUUCACCGCCGCCACCACCGCCCCUGGGAAUAAAAAUGUUGGAACGAAGAAGGAGCAGGAGUAGGAGUAGAAAACGUGAAGCUGAUAGCGAUGGUUAUCUUUAUCACGGACCUCAUUCGAGUACAUCUUCGGACAAAUCACUAAUGUCAGAAGUUAAAUCUCUUCCGAAAAGAGGACGCAAUAGCAAAACCUCUCUUCGCUCACUGAUACUUCCUCCAAUUUCAACCGCCGAAACGAGUUUCAACGGCCUUCCUCCAAACUCUCUCAUGCAUCCGCCGGACAGGCACGAUAUCAGAGAAACAGAAUGCGACAUAGACACUAUGAAAAAAGUCAAAAUGGGACUGAGAUCAUCGCUUUGGUCUCGCCCUUCAGGCCUUACUAAGCCUACGACGGAUUAUUCCAUUGCCGUUUAA